AAGGGAAGUAAAAUUGGUAUUUUGCACAAUAAUAAGAUAAAAAAGAUGUUGAGAGAAAUGGAAAACUUGCAAUAGAAAUAAGUGAAAUCCACAACAUGUCAGCCAGCACCUGUAAACUGAGCCAAUGCUCGCAUCUUGAUGUAGGAUACCUCCCGCAGUCUUGUGGAGUUCUGGCAUUUUUCAUUUUUGAAGUAAUUGACACCCAGAAAGUUCAAUGACCACCUAAGGCAACAAAUGGUUAUGAGCCUUAGAGUGUCGGAGCUCCAAGUGUUACUGGGCUAUGCAGGACGGAACAAACACGGUCGUAAACACGAACUCCUGACAAAAGCACUGCAUUUGUUGAAAGCUGGCUGCAGCCCAGCUGUUCAGAUGAAAAUUAAGGAACUAUAUAGGCGGAGAUUCCCACAGAAGAUUGUGACACCCGCUGACCUGACCCUUUCUUCUGUCCAUACAACUUCAACUUCCAUGACUACACCAUUGUCGCCAGCUGCUAUCCCACAGCUCCCCUAUGAUGGGCAUGCAACAACAUCUCCACUGCUUGCUGUUUCUCUGUUGGGACCUAAACAUGAACUAGACCUGCCUCACCUGACAUCAUCGCUCCAUCCUGUCCAUCCAGAUGUAAAACUGCAGAAAUUGCCCUUUUAUGACAUUCUUGAUGAAUUGAUAAAACCAACUAGUCUAGCUUCAGACAAUGGUCAGCGGUUUCAGGAGACUUGCUUCGCGUUUGCAUUGACACCUCAGCAAGUUCAACAGAUUAGCAAUUCAAUGGACAUAUCUGGGACCAAGUGUGACUUCACAGUUCAGGUUCAGUUAAGGUUUUGUUUAUCAGAAACAAGCUGUCCACAGGAAGAUCAUUUUCCACCGAAUCUCUGCGUGAAAGUAAAUGGGAAAACCUGUAACCUGCCAGGUUAUCUGCCACCAACCAAAAAUGGUGUUGAACCAAAGCGACCUAGCCGACCAAUUAAUAUUACCUCACUAGUCAGAUUGUCUACGACAGUGCCGAACACUAUUGUGGUUUCAUGGUCAGCAGAAAUUGGAAGAAACUAUUCCAUGGCAGUUUACCUUGUAAAACAACUGUCUUCAGCAGUAUUGCUUCAAAGACUGCGGGCUAAAGGAAUAAGGAACCCGGACCAUUCCAGAGCAUUAAUCAAAGAGAAAUUAACAGCGGAUCCUGACAGUGAAAUCGCUACAACAAGUUUACGAGUGUCUCUGUUGUGUCCUCUGGGCAAAAUGAGAUUGACAAUCCCAUGUCGUGCAGUAACCUGCUCGCAUCUCCAGUGCUUUGAUGCAACUCUUUACAUUCAGAUGAAUGAGAAAAAACCUACGUGGGUUUGUCCAGUCUGUGAUAAGAAGGGUCCUUAUGAGCAUCUAAUUAUUGAUGGAUUAUUUAUGGAAAUCCUCAAUUGCUGUACAGAUUGUGAUGAAAUUCAGUUCAAGGAAGAUGGAGCGUGGUCGCCAAUGAGAAUGAAGAAGGAGGUCCAGGAAGUGAAUUCCACUUAUAAUGGUGUUGAAGGUGCUUGUAAAAACUUGACUGAGCACAGGCAUUCAUCUCAAGAUAAUAGAAAGGUUGAAGUGAUUGAUCUGACGAUUGACAGUUCUUCAGAAGAGGAGGAAGAGGAACCACCUGCAAAGCGGUACCCUUCGAUAUCUUCUCCAUCACCACCCAUCAACAAGGGAGUUCUAAAUCUCCACCAUCAGACAUCACCAGUAACAAGAACUCCAAGCAUACCAACUCUGGAUACCAACUUUAUCUCUGCUCCUUUUCAAGACUACCGUCAUUCAUACCACUUACCAACUCUGCCGUAUGAACUGCAAGGUUUAGACUUAUUUCCCUUUUUACAAGGAGAUAAUCAGCAUUACAACACCUCCCUCCUUGCUGCUGCUGCUGCUGCAGCCAGUGCUUCAGAGGAUCAGGACCUCAUUCACUCUUCGCUCAACCGAUUCUUCCCAUAUGGCUCUUCACAGAUGUUCCUGGAGCAGCCAAACGCGGCACCUGCCAAUACACUGGCAGUAACAAACGGCAGCAGCAGUGGAAGUAACAGCAGCCUCGUCUCUUCCAGCAGCCUGCGGGAAAACCUUGGGCAUCCAGGGGCUAACAGGAGCAAUGUGGAAAGUGGCACCAUCUUUGGCACCAUGCCAGAUGUUAUUUCAUUGGACUGAAAUUUGAAAUAAUAAAAUAUACUGUGUUUUUUGUUG